AUGGGACUUUGUUACCAGUGUGGAUCCAGUGGUCAUUUCCGGAGGGAUUGCCCACAGUUAGUUUCAUCUGAGAGGACAACUAACCAGACUUCUGUACGUUCCCAGGCAUCAGUUCAGACUCCAGCCAAAGGUCGAAGUCAGGGAAGACCUUCCGGAUCAGCAUCCAGAACAGAUAGUAGAGCCCGACCUCAGCAGAAUAGAGAGCCAAUUAGUUCUGAGGCAAGACAGUCAGCGUUGGUUUAUGCCACUAGACGUCGGGAUGACAGAGAUGAGCCCGAGGAAUUUUUGGAGUCCGGAAGAGCCUUCACGCGCCGCCCCUGCGCGUGGGGGAGUUUCGAAUCUGCUGGGUGA